GUAACUGUGAACACUGUUCUCAGAUGGACAUCAAACAUCACCACCACCCACGAACCAAAGCUCCGGCGACGAUGAAGUCCUUGAGCUCCUUCGUCCACCUCCGGCCACCGCCGGGGAUCGACCGCAAAUGGAUCAUCCCCCUCGGCAUCGGCUCCAUCAUCUCUCUUGCCCUCCUUUUCCUCACCAGCUUCUCUGCCCCCUCUUCCCCUCUCUUUCUUUUCCCCUAUUUCUCCUCUCUUUACCUUCAUUCCCCCGUCUUCGCCGAGUCUAAGCUCCAAUCUAGCCCUUUUUCUCCUCUACCGACUCCCCCUCGCCUCGCCUACCUCAUCUCCGGCUCCCUUGGCGAUGGCGACAUCCUCAAGCGCACCCUCCUGGCUCUCUACCAUCCGAGGAAUUAUUACGUCGUCCAUCUCGAUCUUGAGGCGCCGGAGAAAGAGAGGGCCGAGCUCAAGGCCUAUCUCGAUAGCCAUCAGUUGUUCUCUAAGGUUGGGAAUGUUCGGAUGAUCGUGAAGGCGAAUCUGAUCACCUAUCGUGGCCCUACGAUGGUCGCGAAUACCCUCCACGCCGCCGCGAUCUUGCUCCGAGAGGCCGGCGAUUGGGAUUGGUUCAUUAACCUUAGCGCCUCGGAUUACCCCCUCGUCACGCAAGAUGAUCUAUUGCAUGUUUUCUCGUAUUUGAUGAAGAAUCUCAACUUCAUUGAUCACACCAGCAACAUCGGGUGGAAAGAGUUUCAUCGGGCGAGGCCGGUAAUUGUUGAUCCAGGGUUGUCUAUGCUAAAGAAGGGAGAUUUGCUUCAGAUACCACAGAGGAGGAGUGUGCCCACUGCGUUCAAGCUCUUUACUGGUUCAGCUUGGAUGAUGCUGUCUCAUUCUUUUGUCGACUACUGUAUAUGGGGCUGGGACAACCUCCCUAGAACCGUUCUCAUGUACUAUGCCAACUUCGUGUCUUCUCCAGAAGGUUACUUCCAUACUGUCAUCUGCAAUGCAAAGGAGUUCCAAAACACAACAGUGAACCAUGAUCUUCAUUUUAUUUCAUGGGACAACCCACCAAAGCAGCACCCGCACUUUCUCACCGUCGAUGACAUGACCAGAAUGAUCGACAGCAAUGCUCCAUUUGCAAGGAAGUUCCUUAAAGAUGAUCCAAUUCUUGACAAGAUUGACGCUGAACUCUUGUUCCGCAGCCCUAACAGGGUUGUGCCUGGAGGAUGGUGCAUUGCACCAACAACCAAUGGGAGUGAUCCAUGUAUGGUUGUCGGCAAUACUACCCUUCUCCGGCCAGGACGCGGUGCUAUCAGGCUAGGAAGGCUAACUGCCUCACUCUUAUCAGAAAAUAACUUCAAGCCAAGACAAUGCAAGUAGUUGUUUGAUAUACAUAACUAAUUAUAGAUUGCCAUUUUUUGUUCU